AUGAUCAACCUCGCCAGCGCUGAGAUCCGUGAGAUCUCGUUCAGAGUGCGGUUUGGCAUCAAUACCCUCAAGAUGCUCCGCUGCGGUGGUGGCAAGGAUGCCUAUGGGCAGCUCGUCAUCAAAGGGUCAUCUACAUUCUACAACGUUCGCUUGGGUGAAUGGCAGAGCGAUCUUCAAAAACAUACCAAGCUCUACCUCGGCAAGGCUGUUCAUAUCCAGCACAUCCAGUUCAAUCUCUCGCAAUGGAAAGACUUCGUUCCUGGAAUUUUCGGUGUUGCCGUCACGGGGGCAAAGUUGGCGAUUGCCAUGAAGGCAUCGGCCUGUUGCCUGAUCGUCAAUUUCAUAUUCGGCGCGAUAGCCUUGAAAGCUGGAUGGUUCUCAGUUCAAGCAUCUACCAUCGCGACGGCCACUGGACCAGCUGUUCCCCUUGGCGUGGGUUUUGCGGCUACGGUGUACUUCAUCCCAUGGGGCGAUCUGUUGUUGAUGUGUAGUAUUAAUUGA